UUUAUAAGUUUUUGUUCUUAAAUUGAAAACUGUUCUUCAAACCAUAGGAAACACUUCAAUUGAUAUGGGUCAAUCUGCAAGCUCCCUGGAUAUCAAUUCGGGAACAUUGAACCAAAACACUACACUUGUGCUGUUUACGAGAAAACAAGUAAUUGACUACUUCUUGCAAAAAUGCAUGGCUAAACUUACUGCCUUGGAAAUUAAAGCGCUAACAACCAAAUUGAAUAUAACCAACUUAAACGAUGCUAGUGUGAUAAGCCAUAGUGACCUAGCGUUUUUGUUGGGGAUUCUGCAUGAUAAACUGAAAGAUAAUGAUCUGUUAAAUCCCAAGUUCGGCUACGUAGUAAAAAUAUUGUAUAAGUCUUUUAAAGUGCUUUCAAAAUUUCCGUUUUUACAAGAUUAUCAUUCUGAAAAUAGUGGACUUACGUUGAAGGAUUUGAUACUAGCUUCAUUCUUUCACUCCGGUCGUUAUAAAAAAACCCUAGGUUCUGAAUAUGACUAUUUGAAGUUAGUCUUUAUAUCAUUCAGUUACGCAAGUUCUUCGGAUGAUGAGGAAGCUCCUAUUAAGGAAAAGCUGACGCCAGAAACCAAAUCUGCAAUUGAAAAGCCAAUGGUAGCGGAGGAAUACGUACCUGGAGAUCUAGAGAACUAUGUGAUUGAAGUCGUUCAAGGAGCGAAGGACGAAGAAUAUAACACCGCUCAUCGGAUCAAGUGGUCAACCAUGAACCAAAUCCAAUCCUUUGAUGAGAUUGAUGUUGAGGAAUUAGUCAUAAACUCACACGAUUUGGUGCAGCUAUUCACCUUUUUCUUGAUUAUUAUAUCUGUUCCUAAGAAAAAGCAUAGCUUGAUGCAACAACAAGUUAUAAAUAGCAUUACAAAACAAUGGGACUCUUUUGAAGAAAGUGCAAUAUCUUUGGUUCGUUAUAUAGAUGUGGAUUUGAAUAUUGGUAAUUUGAAAUCGAGUUCCGUUGCUUACCAGGAUUUUAAGAAAGGCAUCGAUAAUAGUUUUGACAAGUUGUUUCAGAAUGGUUUUAAUUCAAUGUUUAAAAAUGGCUUGUUUUCCUCAGUACAAGCUGAAAAUGAACCCGAUCCUGGGCCUUCUGAUCCUGUUAAGCCAUUUAAUAAUAAUAAUACCUAUCCACAAAAAAAGGGUAAGCAAUUUCCCAAAUUUGAAGAAUCAAAACUUGUCAAUCAGGCUUCUCUUUCUCUUAUUUCUAACUGUCUUGAAAAUAUUGGCUCUGACGUUAACAUCUCAACUAAUAAUUUGGUUAAACUUUAUAGAGGAUCGGAGAGUGGAUUCUCGAUAAGAUCUCUUGAGCUGAAAAUUUUUAAAUGGCAAGCACCAACUCUUUUCUUGGUCGGCGGGAAAAGGCUCAAACCGAAAACGAUUCAGAACAACAAAAGGUAUCAGCAAUUUAUUCAAGAAUAUCCCCGAUAUUUCAGAACAUCCGAGGAAUCUAAAAGAAAUUGGCAGAAUGAUAAUGAUUAUAUCACUUAUGCAGUUCUUGUUAAACAACCAUGGCGUGCAUCCAACAAGCGUAACUUUGGUGAUGAAAACACCGUUAUAAUUUCAUUAUCUCCUCGUCUUGACUACUAUAAGAGUAUCACCAACAGUCUGAAGGGUGAACUGAUAUACUUCAAUAACUUAGGUCUUGGAUUGGGGUUUGGUAACGAUCAACCUAUAAAUAAAAACAAUAUCAAAAAAUAUUUACCGGGUGAUGUUUCACUCACAGUUGAAGCCAAUUUAGAGUUUGCGGUUUUCAGACAUAUUGCAAAUAUUUCAUCCAAUGCUUCGUCGUAUUUUCAAAAAUCACAGCAAAAACAAGUUUCUAAGGAGGACUUUGAAGACAGAUUCAUGAUAACGGAUCUUGAAGUUUGGGGUGUUGGAUCAACACAAGAACUUGAAGAACAACGGAAACAAUGGGAAUGGGAAGAAAAACAGGCGGAAGCAAGACAAAGCGUUAAUCUAAAAACUAUGAACGAAGAUCGUGCAUUCUUGGAGAUGGUAGGUUUGGUAGGUAAUAACAACGCUAGUGGGGGAUCAGUCUAAUGAAGUCGUCUUAUCUUGUGUAAUUGCUAUUCUAUGAAUGCUUUUAUGAAUUCUUCAUAUAAC